GAAAACCAACUCAGACGUAUAUAUACACUCCUCAAACGUUUAUACACUAGAUCUCAAUGAUCUCUGAUUAAUCCCUGAUUGAUCGACGAGCCAUGAGGUCUCUCCUUCACAUCUCCAAUCCCUCUGCCUGCAAGAAGCACUGCUGCAGCACCUGCAGAUGCAUCGUCAUCGUCAUCGUCCCAGCUACUGUGUCCCUUGGCCUGUUCCUCGGUGCUCUUGCAGCUGCCAGCAACGUGUACUUCACCUCCCCGAACCAAGCAUUUACAUUUCCCCGGCCGUUCUCCUCCGGCUGCGACAUCUUCAGCGGGGACUGGGUGCCGGACCCGGACGCGCCCUACUACACCAACGACACGUGCUCGGUGAUCCACGAGCACUACGACUGCAUGAAGUACGGCAAGCCGGACCUCGGCUUCGUCAAGUGGCGGUGGCAGCCCGACGGCUGCGACCUGCCCCGCUUCGAUCCAUGGCGCUUCCUCGACAGGAUGAGGGGCAAGUCCAUAGCCUUCGUGGGGGACUCCCUCGCCAGGAACCACAAGGACUCCCUCAUCUGCCUCCUCACCAGGGCCGCGGAGCCUAAGCCGAGCUGGCCGAGCAGCAAGCAAACGGUGUACUACUACGGCGAGUACAACUUCACCGUGACUAACUUCUGGGCACCGUACCUGGUUCGGCACGAGCAGAUCGAUGAGGACGGGCCGGCGCACACGGGGCUCUGGAACCUCUACCUCGACGAGCCGGACGGCGUGUGGGCGGCCCACCUCGCGGAGUUGGACUACGUCGUCGUGUCGGCGUCCAGCUGGUUCUACCGGCCGUCGAUGCUCUACGAGGCCGGCAGGAUGGUCGGGUGCCACUACUGCCUCCAACCCAACGUCACGGACCUCACGCUACGGUACGCGCUGCGCAUGGCCACGCGCGCCGCGCUGCGGGCGCUGUCCGGCGCCGACGGCCGGUUCCGCGGCACGGCCAUGCUGCGCACCGUGGACCCGUCGCAGUACGAGGGCGGGGAGUGGAACAAGGACGGCAACUGCGUCCGGACGAGGCCGAACCGGCGUGGGGAGAAGACGCUCGAGGGCGUCGAGUUGGAUUUCCGCAACCUGCAGGUGGAGGAAUUUGCAGCGGCAGAGAAGGCGGCGGCGGACGCAGGCGGCGAGGUGAGGAUGACGCUGAUGGACACCACAGCGGCGAUGAUACUUCGCGCGGACGCGCACCCAAGCAAAUACCGGGGCUGGACGCCGGAGAAGCACUUCACCCUGCACAACGACUGUGUGCACUGGUGCCUGCCCGGGGCCAUCGAUACCUGGAACGAUAUGCUCCUUCACAUGCUGGUGCCUGCAUAAACUGAUCGACAAGAAUGCCAGUCGAGUGCAGUGCAGCUGGCUGUGUGUACUACAAUCACGAUCAGUAAUAAUAUAUCGCAAUAGGCAUUGCUAUA